UGAAUGCACUAGCGAGUGCCUGUUGACAGUCCUGGGCACUUCAUUCACAGAGCACUUCCACUGGGGUUUGACAAACUAGAAAGACAGCAGGAAAUUGCAUCUCGGCUACAAAGUUUUUCGGCUGCCUUUAAUUCCUGUCCUGCUUCUAUCUCAACUCCUUUGACUAGGCGAUAAAAGGAAUCAACCUGUUGCUCAGUUAAAGCUCGGUGUGUGGAAUGCCUUUUGUAAAGGGCAGCCCCCCUCUGUGACUCUACAAGCAGUGUCUUCCCCUGACAGUCUGCUAGUUGUCAAUGUAUAGACCUGGAGAGAGUUGCUGCUCCCCUUGCAAGAUUUCCUAUUAAGUUGGAAUCAAAAGGUUUAUACAUAUUUUGGGUGGAUUUCCUAGUGGCAUCGAAGGAUUUAUAUGAAAUCUGGAAAUAUGAGAAUGAAAGAAAUUUCGUUGCGGCAAGAUCCUGAUCUUAGGAAGGAAUUGGCACUGCUGGCUCGUGGAUGUGAUUUUGUUUUGCCUUCAAGAUUUAAGAAAAGAUUGAAAGCAUUUCAGCAGAUCCAGGUACCUCCAAGUAGGGAAGAGCCAAGAACACCCGUCUUAAGCCAGAACAUUCCAAAAUUUUACUUUCCUAAAGGAUGUCCAAAAGGAAACGUCAAUAUAGAUGCUAUAAUUUUGAAGAUUGAGAAAACGUUUUCAGCUUUUCCAAAUGAGAGAGCAACACUUGAAGACAUGGGAAAAGUAGCUAAGGCAUGCGACUGUCCACUUUACUGGAAAGCUCCAUUAUUUUAUUCAGCUGGUGGAGAGAGGACUGGAUGUGUGUCUGUGCACAAGUUUGUGGCUAUGUGGAGAAAAGUCUUGCACACUUGCCACGAUGACGCUGCAAAAUUUCUUCAGCUUCUUGCCAAGCCUGGCUGCAGCUAUUUGGAACAAGAAGAUUUUAUUUUAUUUUUACAAGAUGUGGUGAACACUCACCCACAUUUAACUUUUUUGCGCGAGGCCUCUGAAUUUCAUUCCCGCUACAUAACCACAGUUGUUCAAAGGAUAUUUUAUAAUGUAAAUCGAUCAUGGUCUGGUCGCAUAACAUGUGGAGAACUCGGGAAGAGUAACCUUCUACAGCACGUGGCAUUGCUGGAGGAGGAAGACAUCAACCAAUCUACAGAUUAUUUUUCAUAUGAACAUUUCUAUGUCAUCUAUUGUAAAUUCUGGGAGCUGGAUACAGACCAUGAUUUGUACAUUGAUGAGCAGGACCUUUCCAAGCACAAUGAUCAUGCCAUAUCUAGCAGAAUCAUUGAAAGAAUAUUUUCAGGAGCAGUAACACGAGGUCGUAAAGCACCAAAGGAGGGGAAGAUAAGCUACGCUGACUUUGUAUGGUUUCUAUUAUCUGAAGAAGACAAGAGAACACGAACAAGUAUUGAGUACUGGUUUCGCUGCAUGGACCUGGAUGGAGAUGGUGUGCUAUCUAUGUAUGAGCUGGAGUAUUUCUAUGAAGAACAGUGCCAGAAAAUGGAAAGCAUGGCCAUUGAGCCCUUAUCAUUUGAGGAUUGCCUGUGUCAGAUGUUGGAUCUUGUCAAACCGCAUUGUGAUGGUAAAAUUACUCUCCAUGAUCUGAAGAAAUGCAAGCAGGCAAAUCUGUUCUUGGACACUUUUCUGAACCUAGACAAGUAUUUGGACCAUGAGCAGAAAGAACCUUUUUCUGCAGUACGGGUUGAAACUGAAGGACAGGAACUUACAGAUUGGGAGAAGUAUGCUGCAGAAGAAUAUGCAAUUUUAGUAGCUGAAGAGGCUGCAACAGAGCAGUGGAAUGAUGGUUAUGAUGCAGAAUUAAAUGCCUUGGAGACCGAUCUAGUGGAUGAAAAGAAGUAUGGCAUGGAUAAAAGACCUUACUUGGACAUGGCUUCUGAACAGUCUCAAGUCGACCUUGAAGAGUAUGAAUAUGAAGAUGACUUUGAAUAAACAAUACUUUAGUGUAAAAGAGGGGUAUCCUACAGCUGGUCUGUUACUCCCCCUGGUGUUAUGUAUUAGCUGUGGACAGCACUUUAUACAUGCGUUACAGAUUUACUAAAAGACUCAUAACAAUUUAUGUUGAUAUUUUUGUAUUUAUUGCUAAAACAAUAUUUAUUGUAUCACUUUGUUUUGCUGUGCUGUCUGUCUUGAAAGUGUCCUGUAUUUCAACAAUGAAUUCCUCUAUUCUACUUUGAUCAUUUCUGUAUAACAAGUGGCAACAGGUUUAGUGUUAAAAUGGUAAUGCAGAUUAAAUGGGUGUCCAGAAAACCUAAUCAUUAACCUUUUGUUAAAGAAAAUAAUUUUAAUAAAUGUAAAACCUCUAGUGGCCUAAAAGGAAUUCUUCCUAGAAUUGCCUAAUGUAACGUAGUUAAGGGACAUUAGUGUGACUACAAGUAAAGU